AUGACGACGACACCCAGGGUGAUUGAGUUUACUGCACCGACAUCGGAAGACCUGACCAUUGUGGACAAUAGGCUGUUCAAAGCCAUAUGUUUACAUCAAAUACUUGACCCCACCAAAGGUUGUAACCGCUAUUACAGCUUGGCGUUCAUGGUGGUCAUGUGGGUGUCUCUAAGCGUGCAGAUCAUACAGUUGGUCGGCCUUUACUUCGCAGUCAACGACCUACAGCGGUUCGCGUUCACUACCACGAUGAUAUUCAAUGCUUUGCUUUGCCUGUCCAAGGGAUACGUAUUGGUGACGAAAGCGGACAGGCUGCGCGCCUGCCUGGAAGUGGCCCAGUAUGAGUUCACGUCGUGUGGCGCCCGGAACCAGCUCGUUGUGCGCCAGUCUCGGGCCGUGCUGUCCACGGUUCUCCGGACGUUCGCCGUGCUCAGCUGGGUCAUGUGUUUCAUCUGGGCGUUGACACCGCUGUUCGCGAUGGACGAAUACCUCCAGGUGACGAAUGCCGACGGCACCGUCUCCCGUUACCGAGUUACCAUCUUCAACGUGUGGUUACCGGUGCCGACAACCGUGUACAACGAUACGACCGUCUGGUCGCUCGUCUACGCGGUCGAGGUGAUUGCGUGCUUCGUAAACGUGUUCAGUUGGUUGCUGUUCGACAGCUAUGUAGUGACAAUGUGUUUCACGUUCAACGCUCAGUUCCGCACUGUGUCGGCCAGUUGUACGACCAUCGGCCACUGCGGUGACUCCUUCCGAUCGCCAUCACCGCACGCCUCCGAGGGUACAAGUGAUGAUAAUAAUAUACUGAAUUGUUAUGAUGAACUGAUCAACCACAUAAAAGAUAGUCAAAGUAUAAUAAACAUGUAUGAUGAUUUUUUUGAAAUUAUUCAACCUGCCAUCUUAUUCCAAAUAAUCGGUGGAUCGUAUUCUGUAAUAACAUUAAUAUUUCUCACUUCACUAACGUAUCUUAUGGUUACUUGUGAACUCUUCUUGUAUUGUUAUGUAUUCAACCACAUAGAAACUGAGAAAGGUAAUAUGAAUUUUGGAUUGUAUAGUAGUAACUGGACUGUAAUGGAUUUAAAAUUUAAAAAAACCUUGUUGUUUGCUAUGAACACGAACUCAUCUCACAGACGAGUGAUGAAAGUGACACCAAGGUCUAUCAUAAAUCUAGAAAUGUUCGCCAAUGUGAUGAACAUGUCAUACUCGAUAGUGUCUGUACUAUUAAAUUCAAGAGUCCAGAAAUGA